CUCCCGGCUCGCUCGAGCUCGCUGCAGCUUGCCGGCCCGCUGCUGCCCAAGACCACCACCCCCCCCCCCCCGCCCCCAGGCGGGCUUCGUCGCAGUGACCCACUCCGCAUCUCCUCCCCCACCCCAAGUCUCACGUCGCCUCGUGGAGGGUGACGUGCCCCACGCAGACGCACCUUUCCCCUUUGUAAAUCCCUUCCCCUUCAAGCUGGCGGAAGCCAUGGGCCACAUCAAGAAAGGCGAGCUGACCGAGGAGGAGAAGGAGCUGCUGGAAGUUAUCGGGAAAGGUACUGUCCAGGAAGCUGGAACACUAUUAUCUAGUAAGAAUGUUCGUGUCAACUGUUUGGAUGAGAAUGGAAUGACUCCUCUAAUGCACGCAGCAUACAAAGGAAAACUCGAGAUGUGCCAGUUACUUCUGCGACAUGGAGCUGAUGUCAAUUGUCACCAGCACGAGCAUGGAUACACGGCCCUCAUGUUUGCUGCACUUUCUGGUAAUAAAGACAUUACGUGGGUGAUGUUGGAAGCUGGGGCAGAGACAGACGUUGUCAACUCUGUAGGAAGGACAGCAGCUCAGAUGGCAGCUUUUGUGGGUCAACAUGAUUGUGUGGCUAUAAUCAACAAUUUCUUUCCUCGAGAGAGACUGGAUUAUUACACUAAACCCCAGGGACUGGAUAAGGAGCCAAAACUGCCCCCAAAGUUGGCAGGUCCGCUGCAUAAAAUUAUCACCACAACGAAUCUUCACCCUGUCAAGAUUGUGAUGCUUGUGAAUGAGAACCCUCUGCUGGCAGAAGCAGUAGCCCUGAGUAAGUGCUACAAAGUGAUGGACUUGAUUUGUGAGAAGUGCAUGAAACAAAGAGACAUGAAUGAAGUAUUGGCCAUGAAAAUGCAUUAUAUCAGCUGUAUCUUCCAGAAAUGCAUUAACUUCUUAAAAGAUGGAGAGAAUAAGCUGGACACUCUGAUCAAAAGCUUGUUAAAAGGCAGACCUUCUGAUGGCUUCCCAGUGUAUCAGGAAAAGGUCAUUCGAGAAAGUAUCAGGAAAUUUCCGUACUGUGAAGCUUCUCUCCUCCAACAGCUAGUGCGAAGCAUUGCUCCUGUUGAAAUUGGCUCCGAUCCCACCGCGUUCUCUGUCCUUACCCAAGCUAUCACGGGUCAAGUGGGUUUUGUGGAUGUUGACUUUUGUACCACCUGUGGAGAAAAGGGAGCAAGUAAAAGAUGUUCUGUUUGCAAAAUGGUAAUCUAUUGUGAUCAGACCUGCCAAAAAACACACUGGUUCACACAUAAGAAAAUCUGUAAGGAUCUAAAGGCUUUGUAUGAGAAGCAGCAGUUGGAGGCCACCAGAGAAGAGAGCCAUGAGGAGAACAAUGGCAAACUUGACGUCAACUCUAAUUGUGUCAGCGAAGAUCAAGCAGAAGCCGAAACUGCCAUCCCCCAAGAGAAUUCCAAUCCAGGGGACUCCGCGGAGGGAGAGAAAGAGACUCUCAGAAGUGAGGCAGGGCAGACAGACAGACCGGACCCUCCUGCAGGUCCACAGAGCUCUGAGGAGUAAAGACUGCAGGCAAGGUGGUUACUACCCUGGCAGGUGGCUGGAAAAACCACGUGAAUGUACCCCAUUACUGUGACCCCUGCAUGGUGGCCUGAUGGGAUCACACAUCUAUAAACAGGAGCUUUCAAGCAAAGCUCUGCCCACCAUGUCCUGACUUUCUGUUGCUCUCUGUUCUGUCAUUGAACAGGUAUUCCUAUAGAAAAUGUUUUCUUUCAAAAUACAGGAAAACAUUUCCAAAACCAGGCAUGGUAGUGCACACCUUUAAUCCCAGCACUUGGGAGGCAGAGGUAGGAGGACCAGCUAGGAUGACAGACUGAGUUCUAGGUCAGCCUGGGCUAGAGUGAGACCCUACCUCAAAAAAACCAAACCAAACCAAACAAAAAAACUGGUAGAAAAAAAUAUUUUCAUUUCCUUCAUAAAGGAAAAUCAAUUCUGUGAAAGAACAAAUCCAGGCUCUAGGGAAGAAAGAGACAAGCAGGACAGACUAAAAGAGACAUGGUGUUCCAUAAGGAAAAACCUAGAGCCACAGGGGUGGAGUGAAUCAUAAAUUAUAUGUGAAUCAAAUGCAUAUAAAUAGUGUUUACAACACUGAAUUUAUAUUUAUGGCACUGUAAUAGAUUGAAAAAACGGUAUAUAUGGAAAAAAAAUCUUUGUCAUAGUUCAUAGCUGUGUAGAAAUUAUUCUGAACAGUCUGAACCUUGUUACUUCCCGCAGCAAUAUUCUCUCUACAGUAAUUGUACCUUCGGAAAAGUCACGUCCUCAGAAAGAACACAGCCAGUGUGUCCCAGCACGUGUGCUCAAAAGGCCCUGCUUGCAACGUGUGAUUCAAUGCUGGCUAGCCAUGCUGCAUACACUCUUCCUAUAGAGUUAACUCACAUGCCAUACUGCACCCGAAAGGCUGACUUGCCUUCUUGUAAGCUUUUCAUAGGCCUCUUCCUGUCCAGAAACUGUGAUUUACAGCUGUCAUUUCAAGAAUGUCCUAGCCUGUGUUUUUAGCAUAUGUGGUAUUUAAACAGAGCUAGAGUACAACGUCAAGAUCGUGCUGUUUCAAGUGUCGUCUGUUGGCUUUGAAAUAAAUUGUGCCUACUAACAA